CGUAUAAAGACUUGAUAUCUGAGAUUUCUAGUCGGGAAUUGUUAGAAUGGAUGGAGAUGCUUAUCUUCGGCGUUUGGUACAAUUUAUCCGGGCAAAUGAGUCGUCUUUGGCAUCAUCAUUGGAGAAUCCAACGAGAUGGAUUGAGUCAGAAGAGAGGAGAAUAUCGGUCUUAACGGGGCUUUAUCAAUGGAUGAAUGAAGGGAAAAUGGGAUUGAGAUCGUGUACGUUGUCUAUGACGCCGCAUUAUUUGUUUUAUGUGCUUUCUCGGUUUGGGGAAAUGGAACUUACGACAGGACCGAUGAAUAUAAGGCUUGAGAGGCUACAGAAUGGAGGAGAAGGGGGAAACUAUGUAUCAUUUUUAAAGGAUUAUCCUAAUGGAUGGAAAAAAGAGGAUACGAGUGAUACGCGAUCGAUUCGGAGUGUAAGUUCUAUUAGAAGUGUAGUUAAGGGAGUAUCAAAUAUAUGGGGACGAUUGAGUUCAGGAUGGAAGAUAUCACCUAAGGAGAGGGUAUAUGAGCAAAUUCGAACGGAUAUUAUGUAUUUAUAUUCAUCAUUUACGAAAUUGCCGUCAUUAAGAUUAGUUCCGUCGUCAAGUUAUCGGAUGAUUGAUGGAUAUGAGGAAUUUCCUUUUGAUACGGCGAUUCCUUUGUUUGUGUUUAAGAAUUUGAAGAGUUUAGAAAUUGUGAAUAUUGAAAUUGGAAGAUUUUAUGGCUGGGAUAGGAUUGCGGACAAUUUGCGUUUUUUAACGGUGAAAGGAUGUGGAAUACGUGAUGCUAGUGAAUUGAUUAUUGAUAUUGUUCUGAAAAAUAUUGAAAAACGUAGAAAAAUGAGAAUUCGUAAGAGUAAUUCUUUACCAUUAGCAUUACAAAACAAAUCUAUUGGAUGUAGCCAAGUUCAUCCGUUGAUUGAAACGGCAGAUGUUUUAAGUAUAGAGUCUUCAUCAGUAGAUCCUAAGAAGGCAUUUGUAUCUCAUGUCAGAAAAUUUUCAUCACCGUUACAUGAUAAUUCUGAGGUACAAUAUCAUCCACACGAUUCGGAUUCUUCCAAUAAAUCUUGUAAUUUUUCUGAUAGUACGCCAGUUGCACAGCCUCAUUCUGAAAUUCUUCCUUUAAAGAAAUGGUUUUUUUUGAAAUAUUUAUCUUUAUCGAAUAAUUCGUUAAACAUGCUCUCAUUUUCAGCAGUAAUUCCAAUUGCACGUUCUUUGGUUUCUUUGGACAUUUCUCAUAAUAUGUUUAUUGAGAUUCCAUAUUCUUUAUCGAUGCUUACUUCUUUGAAAUCUUUAAAUAUUUCUUAUAAUAGGAUCGAGUCGUUACAAUCAUUAAUGUGUCAUCCUCUUUUGUCAAUAGCUACUAUUGAUAUACGUUCUAACCGUUUACGAUCUUUACAUGGAAUUGAAAAAUUGAUAAAUCUUCAAAGAUUGGAUAUUAGAGAUAAUUGUUUGUCUGAUCCGAUGGAAGUAGCAAGGUUAGCAAAUGCGUAUACUUUUAAACAAAUAUGGGUAUCUGGGAAUCCAUUUGCUCACAAGCAUUUUUCAACUUAUCGCAUUACUAUAUUUAAUAUAUUUCGUUCCAUGCCUAAUCAUGUUUAUGACAUUCUUAUAGAUGGACAAGGGCCGGGAAUCAUGGAAAGGCGUAGAUUGAUUGAAAAGGUUCGAAAACGUAAGCAGCCUUUACCGGAAUCUGAAAAAAUAUCUCAUAAUUCAUCUGAUAUUGAUCCUCAAAAAAUUAUUUUUUCUGAACAUGAGAUUCUUGAAUUUUCAACUAUUGAAAGAAAUUCUAAGGUUGGAAAAGGAAUCGUUGGUUUUGAUGAGUUUCCUAAGGAUGACCAAAUAUUAAUUGGGAAAACUAUAGUUAAAAAUAAUAAUUCUAGUAUUGAUAAUUUUUCUCAAGCCCAGAGUAAUGACGUAGAUAUGAAUUUUCAGGAGGAUAAGGAUUAUAACCAUCAAGUAGAGGCUUUAAGAAAAAAUGUUGGUGAAAACUGGUUAACAGUUUUAAAUGAGGAGAUGUGUGUUAAACAACAAUAACUUUUUAAAUAUUGAAUGUCGGUUUAUAUAUGUUUUGUAUGAUAU